UAUACAGCUGCUCCUGCCUCACCUGCCAAGCAAAGUUCCAUCUGUCAGAGGUACCACAAAGGCUGUCAGCGCUCUAAGUUUUCUCCCCAUAUUUAAAAUUUUCUCCCUGGAAUGAAACUUUUCUCCCGAGUUGAAGUUUUCUCCCACAAUUAAAAUCUACUCCCUGCAAUUAAAAUUUUCUCCUCCAAUCAAACUUCUCCCCAUUAAAGUUUUCUUCCCCAAAUUGUUUUCUCCCCUCAAUUAGUUUUCUCCCCCUACUUAUACGUUUCUCCCUUCAAUUAUAUUUUUCUCCCUGCAAUUAAAGUUUUCUCCCACAAUCAACUUUCACCCCCAAUUAAAGUUUUCUCCCUCAAUUAAAGUCUUCUUCCCCUAUUAAAGUAUCUUCAAUUAAAAUUUUCUGCCCAUAAUUAAAAUUUCCUCCCUACAAACCUUUCUCCUCAAUAGUUUUCUCUCCCAGAUAAUAUCUUCUCCACUCAGUUAAUAUUUUCUGUCCAAAAUUAAAGUUUUCUCCCUCAAAUUAAAGUUUUUUCCUCCCAAUUAAAACAAUCUCCCCCUAUUAAAAUCCCCUCCAUUGAAAAUUUCUGCCCACAGUUAAAAUUUCUCCCCAUAAUUAAAGUUUUGUUCUCCCAAUUAAAAUUUUCUCCCCCAAUUAAAAUUUUUCUCCAGCAAUUAAAACUUCUCCCAGCAAUUGAAAUUCUCUUCCACACUUAAGACCACCUCCCUUUAGUCCCCCAGCCCAUCCCAAGCCCCCUCACCCGGUGGGAACAAGCCAGAUGCUGAGGCAUAACCUUCUCUGUGAAGAGAAACAGAAACACAGUAUGAAAAAAAAGUUAUUUUGGUUUAUUUUAUAGGUUUUUUCCCAGGGAUUUUCCUGCACCUCCUACAGGGUUAUGGGUCUGCCUGCCCGAGGGCCACCUGCCUGUCCACCCACCGAACCAGGGGUUCCACUUCAGCUCCACCCUGCACCCCCUUCAGCACCUUUUCCUGCAUUUACAGCUUUUUUUUUCAGCUGGGGAAGACAGAUUAUCCAAAAAUGCUUUUUUUGGUGUGCAGGAGGGGGAAAUGCUGAUGGGGAUCGCUCUGCCCUGGGAUGUUGAGGCACCCCAAAAGGGACUUCAGGGAUGAAGUGCAGUUCCCUUCAGCCAAUUUUACCAUUUUUUAAAAAUAGAAAUGUAAAAAAUAAGUGUUCUUGCAAUUAAGCUACCCAAUUGCAGGAUUUUACCCUAAACCCUACUUUAUUUUACAUUUCUGAGGGGUUUUUUGUAAUCAGUGGUCACACACCACUGGAGGGGCUGCUUUUGCAGAGGGCAGGAAAGCUGACUGACAGCAGCUGACCACAAAAACUUUCUGUGAGGGUAACAGACACUGCGGGUGGAAAAUAAAAUAAAAAUAAACAUGAGAUAAUAAAAAUAUAAUUUUUUUUUAAAUAAGAACAAUAAACCCAAAAUAAAAUUAAAAACUUUUAAAAAAUUAAUUAAAAAAAAUAAAAUAAUGCAAUGCUUUUCCUUCUGGGACCUUUGGACCUUUGGGUUUAUCCUCUUUUUACCCCAUUUCUUGCUGCUGGCAGGUAUUGAGGCAAAUUUCUACUUUUUUUCUUGUUGUUUUCUGGGUGUCUGAGGCAAAAAACAUUGGUUUUAACUCUACAAAAAGGUGUUGCUUGGGGGUGUUACAGCAGUGGCCAAAACCUGAGUUAACACCAAAAAAAAAUGAAGAAAGGGAGGGAAAAAGGUCAGCAUAGGCUGGGAAUUGGUGGUCAUUCCAAUCAGUGGCCAAGGUGUCCCAAAUGUGGGAGGAAGUAUGGGUCUGGGUAGUGUAAGACGACACAUCCGGAGUGGAAGGGAUGGGCUUGCAGGAGAAAACUCAAAAUCAAAAUAAAAUAAAGCAAUAAAAUAAAAUAAUAAAAUUCAGUAGCAGCCUGCAGGAAAUCCAGACUCUCACCUCCUCCUAGUGAGAACAGGAGCUAGGCCACUCCUGACCACACUGGAUCUCCCUGACACAGGAUCAAACAUAGGCCAAAUAUUGUGUCAAAAACAGCAGAAAAAGUCACACAGAGCAAAAGGCAUCUCAAGUCACUCCCAGAAACACCAAAUGCCACCUGCCUCCUCAUCUAGUUACCUGCCUGUGGCCACACUGAUACAGCCCCUGACACACUUCAGCCUUAUCCUGAAAAACCUUACUUAAAGGCUUUCCUAAAUUAUUUUUUAUUAAUUUCUGCAUGCUUUCACAGAUGUUUUACACGACCAUCAAACCCAUAGGUGUUUCUACACCUCCAGGCAUGCCACCUACUCCAGAUGUGCCACCUCCUUCUGGCUGGAGGACACCCAUUCCCUCACCGUCUUUAAUUUACAAGGGAAGGCUAUAGAAUAUAUAUAUUAAAAAGGAAAAAAAAAACAGAUAAAAGCCCUGGUCAAUACCAUUUCCUGGAGCCGGAUGAAGGCAUGAGUAGAUAGCUCACAAGGCAAAAGGUUGUCCAAGGACACUGUCACUUUUGGGCUGGUCCUGUAACCUUCUGAGUGGCCAUGGCUGGGGAAAUUGUUUAUGCUGAUUUAAGGCAUCUUGGAGAUGGUUCUUCUCCUGAUGAGAAACGUUAUGCUCCUGACUCCUGUCCAUGGUGGCAUGGGCUCCUCCUUAAAGCCGGGGGGCUGGGGCAAUUCAUCCUGCUGGUCCUGGUGGUGGUACUGAGUGUGCAGGUUUUUCAGGGCUCUUCGCAGCCAGUGGUGAUGAGAGUUCCCCAGCCAGGUGAUGAGAUCCAGGGAAGGAACCAGAAGGAGCAACACAUGUUUUCAUCCCUGGUGCAGUAUUUCUGCAAGCCCCAAGUGGAGAGCCCCACAGCCUAUGCUGGCUGCAAGCUGUGUCCCCAGGACUGGCAGCUACAUGGGGAAGGAUGCUACUGGCUUUCUGAGGAAUUGGGAAACUGGACUCAAGGCACAAAAAGCUGCAAAAAUCAAGACUCUCAGCUGGUGGUACUCCAGGAAAAGAAAGAAAGGGAGCACAUCAAGGUUAUUACAGGCAAAAGCCCACCACCAGUGUGGAUUGGAGUAAGGUCACAUCAAAAGGAGUGGAGAUGGGUGGAUGACACACCCUUCAACCCCAAAAUGAGAUUUCAGGCUUUACAAAUCCACUUCCCACAAGGAUCAAGACCAGCUUGGGAGGCACAGAUGAGCCCCUGAAUGGAAAAUCAGAAAAGCCUGUGCCUCAUGCACAGUGAUGAUAGAGGAUAGAGCUACAACAUCAAUAAAAGCUUAUCAAAGUG